CGCCCCCCACCCCAAGUUGAAGGAGUUUUGGGGAGAGUCCAGGGAGCAAGGAGUGAACUCCCUGAUACCCGCACCGCCGGUGUUGGGGCUGUCCUGAGAAUGUUUACCUGCGAGGUAUCCCCCCCCCCACCCGGUUUAUUUUGGUUCCCGCUCCGGGAGGAAGAGGUCAAGGGGGGGGGGUCAUCCUCCUUUGCUUCCGGAUGCUGGGAGGAGCGGAAUUGGGAAGGGAGGAGAAGGGUCCCACGGGAGAAGGGACUCCUGAAAUCCUCCGGGGAAGAGCUGAGGCUGGGAGAGCAGUGGUACAGGGGGCCGGAAUGGAGGAGAGGGAGGUUUGGAGUUUCCCCCAGCAGCACAUGGAUCGGGAGUUAACUCCUUAAGGAAUCUUGCCUAGGGCGCAGGCUGGCAUCUCUGCUUGUCUGGCACAGGCAGCCAGCCCCCCCUUUCCUGAGACAGCCCUUAAUGCGGUGACUGCGGGCUCUUCCCGCCAGUCUCCCCUGGUUACCUGCACCGCACCUGCUCAGCCUUGACUUUUGACCUGUACCUGUGAUAGAGACAGAAAAUGAGGUUCUUGGACCCCCGACUUCUUUGCCUCAUCCCUUACUGGCCCUUUAAGAAGUGCCCCCCCCCCAUAACAACAAAACGUGUUACAAUCAUGACUAUUUCUUGUUCGGAUGUCUGGUCAGGGCAGAGGAUGGGAAACAGGUCCAAGGGAAAAAAGGAGGUAGAGAGAUGGGGAUGGAGGAGGAUCUUCGGAAGUUUAAGGUCAAGGACUGUCAGACUUGUCCCUGUUCAGAAUGCCUGGUCGUGUGAUUGAAGACUGGCUCUAUGCUGUUGAACAUUACUUGUGGUCCUGUUUCAGAGUGACCCAGAGUCUGGGGAGCAGCCCCACCUACUGGGUUGGUUUUAGUCCGCUGAGUCUCUCCCCGCCCCCAGUUAUUCAGGGGGGAAAAAACCAGUGGCUGAGGGUUUUGCUCAGUGACUCUCCUCCCCCACUCGUAGCUUGCUAUGGCAUCGUCCAGGUGCCAACGGGACCCUGGUUCUGCAGGAAAUGUGAAUCUCAGGAGCGAGCAGCCAGGGUGAGGUGUGAGCUGUGCCCACACAAAGAUGGGGCGUUGAAGAGGACUGACAAUGGAGGCUGGGCCCACGUGGUGUGUGCCCUCUAUAUCCCGGAGGUGCAGUUUGCCAACGUGCUCACCAUGGAGCCCAUUGUGCUGCAGUAUGUCCCUCAUGACCGCUUCAACAAGACCUGUUACAUCUGUGAGGAACAGGGCCGGGAGAGCAAGGCCGCAUCAGGAGCCUGCAUGACCUGUAAUCGCCACGGAUGUCGACAGGCUUUUCACGUCACCUGUGCCCAGAUGGCAGGCCUGCUGUGUGAGGAAGAAGUGCUGGAGGUGGACAAUGUCAAGUACUGUGGCUACUGCAAAUACCACUUCAGCAAGAUGAAGACAUCCCGGCACUCCAGCGGGGGAGGAGGAGGAACAGGAGGAGGAGGCGGUGGAGGAGGUGGCAGCAGUGGUACCAGCGGUGGUGGAGGUGGUACAGGGGGAGGCGGCGGCGGCGCCAACAGCAGCAGCAGCAACAGCUUCCUUACUGGCAGGAGAAGCCGGUCGGCCUCACCAUCCACGCAGCAGGAGAAGCACCCUACCCACCAUGAGAAAGGCCAGAAGAAGAGUCGAAAGGAUAAGGAACGCCUUAAACAGAAGCACAAGAAGCGGCCUGAGUCCCCCCCCAGCAUCCUCACCCCGCCUGUGGUCCCCACUGCUGAUAAGGUCUCCUCAGCUCCGACUUCCUCCCACCAUGAGGCCAGCACUCAGGAGACCUCUGAGGGCAGCAGGGACUCAAAGGGGAAAAAGUCUUCCAGCCAUAGCCUGAGUCAUAAGGGGAAGAAACUGAGCAGUGGGAAAGGUGUGAGCAGUUUUACCUCCGCCUCCUCCUCUUCCUCCUCCUCUUCCUCUUCUUCCUCCUCUGGGGGGUCUUUUCAGCCUGCAGGCUCGUCCUUGCAAAGCUCUCCUGACUUCGCGGCAUUCCCCAAGCUGGAGCAGCCCGAGGAAGACAAGUACUCCAAGCCCAUGGCCCCCACUCCGCCAGCCCCUCCCUCGCCCACAGCCCCUGAGCCCCCUAAGGCUGACCUCUUCGAGCAGAAGGUGGUUUUCUCUGGCUUUGGGCCCGUCAUGCGCUUCUCUGCCACCUCCUCCAGCUCCAGCCGGGCCCGAGCCCCCUCACCUGGGGACUACAAGUCUCCCCAUGUUUCGGGAGCUGGGGCCUCAGCAGGUGGCUCCCAUAAGCGGAUGCCUGCACUGAGUGCCACCCUUGGACCUGCCGAGGAGGCUCCUGAGACAGGCCUGAAGGAGAAGAAGCACAAAGCCAGCAAGAGGAGCCGCCACGGGCCAGGCCGUCCUAAGGGUAGCCGAAGCAAGGAGGGUGCCACAGGCCCCACUGCCUCUCUUCCUGGGGCUCAGCUGGCUGGUUUUACUGCUACUGCUGCCUCACCCUUCUCCGGAGGCUCCCUGGUCAGCUCCGGCCUUGGGGGUCUGGCCUCCCGGACCUUCGGGCCUUCAGGAAGCUUGCCCAGCCUGAGCCUGGAAUCCCCUCUUCUGGGGGCAGGAAUCUACACCAGUAAUAAAGACCCCAUCUCUCAUGGUGGAGGGAUGCUGCGGGCUGUCUGUAGCACCCCACUCUCUUCCAGCCUGCUGGGGCCUCCAGGGACCUCAGCCUUGCCCCGCCUCAGCCGUUCCCCGUUCACCAGCACCCUCCCAUCCUCCUCUGCUUCCAUCUCCACCACUCAGGUCUUUUCUCUGGCUGGCUCUACCUUCAGUCUCCCGUCUUCCCACAUCUUUGGAACCCCCGUGGGCACUGUUAACCCCCUCCUCACCCAAGCCGAGAAUAGCCACACAGAGCCAGACCUAGAAGACUGCAGCUUCCGGUGUCACGGGACCUCCCCCCAGGAGAGUCUCUCUUCCAUGUCUCCCAUCAGCAGCCUCCCUGCGCUCUUUGACCAGACAACAGCGGCGCCCUGUGGGGGUGGCCAGUUAGACACCACAGCCCCGGGCACAACUAACAUGGAGCAGCUGCUGGAGAAACAGGGCGAUGGAGAGGCUGGUGUCAACAUUGUGGAGAUGCUGAAGGCCCUGCAUGCGCUGCAGAAGGAAAAUCAGCGGCUCCAGGAGCAGAUCCUCAGCCUGACAGCCAAGAAGGAGCGACUGCAGAUCCUCAAUGUGCAGCUCUCUGUGCCCUUCCCUGCCCUGCCUGCUGCCCUGCCUGCCGCUAAUGGCCCUGUCCCAGGGCACUAUGGGCUGCUUCCUCAAGCGGGCAGCAAUGACUCCUUGAGCACCAGCAAGAGCCCUCCAGGGAGGAACAGCCUUGGCCUGGACACGUCCACGUCUUCCGAGGACCCACACUCAGGCUGCCCGAGCCGCAGCAGCUCAUCGCUGUCCUUCCACAGCACGCCCCCACCGCUGCCCCUGCUCCAGCAGAGCCCCGCCGCUCUGCCCUUGGCCCUGCCCGGGGCCCCUGCCCCGCUCCCACCGCAGCCACAGAAUGGGCUGGGCCGGGCACCCGGAGCAGCGGGGCUAGGAGCCAUGCCCAUGACUGAGGGGCUACUGGGUGGGCUGGCUGGCAGCGGGAGCCUGCCCCUCAAUGGGCUUCUGGGGGGGUUGAAUGGGGCUGCUGCUCCCAACCCUGCGGGCUUGAGCCAGACUGGCGGGGCCCCCACGCUUCAACUGCCAGGUUGUCUCAACAGCCUGACAGAGCAGCAGAGACACCUCCUUCAGCAGCAAGAGCAGCAGCUCCAGCAGCUGCAGCAGCUCCUGGCCUCUCCACAGCUGACCCCAGAGCACCAGACUGUGGUCUACCAGAUGAUCCAACAGAUUCAGCAGAAACGGGAGCUGCAACGGCUGCAGAUGGCUGGGGGCUCCCAGCUGCCCAUGGCCAGUCUGCUGGCUGGAAGCUCCACCCCACUGCUGUCUGCGGGCACCCCUGGCCUGCUGCCUACAGCAUCAGCCCCACCCCUGCUGCCUGCUGGAGCCCUGGUGGCCCCUUCGCUCGGCAGCAAUACAAGUCUCAUGGCUGCAGCAGCUGCGGCUGCAGCAGUAGCAGCAGCAGGCGGACCGCCAGUCCUCACUGCCCAGACCAACCCCUUUCUCAGCCUGCCCGGGGCAGAUGCCAGUGGGAGUGGCCCCAAAGGAGGGACCACUGACAAGGGAGCCUCAGCCAGCCAGGAAAAAGGCUAACUCGACCCUGCCUCUCCUGACCCCUACAUGGCUUGAGGGUCCUUGCCUGGAAUGGGUACCUGGGCCCGGACUCUGGAGAGCCAGCCCAGGGAGUGUGUGCCUGGAGUUCCAGGUCCUGUGGAGAGAGACUGGAGGGAACCCCUUCCACCUGGCCCGUUCCCGCACUGUACUGGCUGCUUCAGGAGCGAGGAUCGGGGAGGACAGGCUCCAAGCCUGCCUAGGAGCCCCCAUCCUCUGCAGAUACCUAGGGCCCCCCCCAAAGAACAAAGCAGGUCAUGGCAUAGGAAGUGGAGAGUUGGUUGGACCUACCACGUAAACCAGUCAGCACUUGAAUGGGGAAGCUGCAGGGUAGGCCCUUGGGCCACCCCUGUGUGGUAUUCCUUAUGGAAAAAGGGCUGGUCCCAGUUGACCUUCAGAGUCUUCCCAGCAGAAGGGGUCCCUUUGACUGUUUCCCAUCAUCCCUCCCCGCUGAGGGUCACAAGCUGAGCUUGGAAAAGCCUACAGAUGUGGGGGGCUGAGGAAGGGCAGGAUAGCACCUCUUGGGGCCCCAUGAUGGGGCUGGGCAGGGGAUGGGGGUGUCCCUCACUGUCCUUGGUGUCCUGCCCCUUUUUGCACUAUCGGCUUGAGGAGUGCCGAGGGUGGGGAGAGGGAGAGUGUGUGUGAGUGUGAGUGUGAGUGUGUGUUUAUGGUCAGUCUGCUUAACCUGUCUGUCUGUCACCUCUUUCUCUGGACUUGGGGCAGCCAAGGGCAAGGACAGGAGCAGUGGCCAGAACCAGAGCAGGACUUCCUAGCUCUUGUAGCCUGUACCCCCUUCCCAGCUCUGGUCCUUUUCCAGGGCAUGAAUGGUAAAAUUAAAAAAAAAAAAAAAAAAAAAAAAAAA